AUGGAUCUCGAUGCAAUGACUACACUGUUAGGAGAUGCUAUCUUUAAUAUAGAAGAGGAAGAAUACUGGGAGGCUUGCCAACAUGCAUUGAAGAACCCAUAUGAGGCAAGAACGAAUGAUGAAAAUAAUGAAAGGGGAGAAGCCCCAAGUGAUGACGAUGAAGGUACCAGCAGUGAAGAUGAUAAUAGUGGUGACAGCAAUAGUGACGAUAGUGAAGACAGUGAUGGUGGAGACAAUAGCAGUGAUGACAGUGAUAGUGAAGGAAGUAAUAGUGAAGACUAUGAUAGCCGUGAUAGUGGUAAUGAUAAGGGUGAACCCCCUAGUGAUAGAAAGGAUGAAGAUGCGAGUGCCUUUUAUGAAGAAAAUUUUGAUGAUGAUGUGGACUAUUAUAAUGAAGACAUAAAGGAUAAUGCAGAAGCUAAGGAUGGAGAUAUAGAGGAUGAUACAAAAGCUGAGGGUGAAGACAAUGAUGAAUACCCCUAUGGGUGA